AUGUCAUUUGCCACGGCUCUCCAGGACGCAGAAAAGGCUGUACAAGGGGUGCUUUCCUUCUUUACCAAUGUGAAUACCAUAUGCGACAUUCUACAAAGCGGUUCCGAUAAGCGACCUGUUCAUAGCAACAAUUACCUUGACUACGCUACCAUACGCGAUUCCAUUCUUUCCAAAGGUGUCGCCAAUGUGGAUCGGCUUCAGUCGGCCGUCAAUCGAGUGAACGUCGCCACUUUUACAACUGCCGUGUGGUUGGACAACGUGCAAUACGAUGAAGCGAUAUCCAUUUUCUUUCCACUCCUUAUUCCCAAGCAACUUCAUACUCGAGAUGAUGUCAUUGAUUUGUUCUUAACUACUGUGACAAGAUGGGCAAUUGCCGAGACACGCUGGCCGACCGGCAUCCAUACGACCGAUGAUGUUAUCAGCAAAGUCAAACAAAGGAUCGAUGAGGAGCUCAAGCGCAAAGGCCCGUUGUUGAGCCAAAGGAUAUGGAAUGCUUUUAAAGCAAGGUUUGAGCAACUCGAUUCGACACCAUUAUGGAAUUUGCAAAAUAUGGUCAACGGCAACAGGAUGAAGGAGACAUGGUUCAAAGCAUUACCUAUGGUAUUGGAAGCCAUUGACAGGAAGGAUGGAUACGGCCACACAUUACGACACUGCCCGACACAAGAUCAUCGUUGUGAGACACAAGCUGGGAUGAAACGUUCACACAAUCAACAAGCAGAUCCAGUUGACAAACGCCAUCGACGUCAGCCCAUUGUUGUAUCAGCAAUAUCGGACGAGGAGGAUGUGGAAAGCCAAGACGAAGAUACAAGGGAUAAUAGCAGCAAUGAAGACGAGUAUUACGAUGCUUUGGAUACAUGGGACGAAGAAAAUGGAUCCAAUAUCGACAAUCUGAACAUGAAGGGAACAUCAUUAUCCAGCCACGGGGUGAAUGGGCUUCCACCACCACCGCCACCAUAUCAUUUACAAGAACGACACGAUACGAGUUACAACACGAUUGUAAGGAUCCCUCCCUUUUUUGGGGAUUCAGCACCGAAUAACAACAACCAUCACGACGGCCAGAUCCCGCAUCUCAAUUCAGAGUAUGGUGGUCAACAUAUGAAUGGUAGGAUUGAGAAUGAUGAUCCGACAAGAAGCGAACUACCAUAUGUAACAGAUACAAUCGAUUUGAGAUAUCCAUCAUCUACUAUGCUACCUUUUGAUAGCAAUCAUCCCACGCCACUAAGCGAUGAUCCCCAACUACUAGCUAGCAUCAGCAACACGUGGCAACAAAAUGAUCAAGCCAACAAUCAAUCAAGCGUCACUGCAGCUCCUGAAACUCCACGCAGUCGUAAAAAUGGAAAGCGAUCGUAUCGCCCUUGGACAAAGGAGGAGAUUACGACCCUUGAAGAAGGUCUCAGGUUGUAUGGCAAGAAUUGGGCAAAGAUCAAGGAGAAUGAUAUAUUCCACAGCAGAACAAAAGAACAAGUGUCUGCUAUAGCGCGCAGUAUUGCAGCAAGACGAAGAAGGCAAAAUGUACCACUGGGAGCCUUUGCAUGCAUGUAA